AGCCGCGGGGGAUGGCGGGCGCGGGCCGGCGGGGGCCGCGCUCUGGGCUGCGGCGGGGCCGAGCCUGGCGGCCGCGGCGCGCAAGCUGAGGCCAGGCGGCGCGGCUGCGGGCGGCGCCCCCCCGGGGCAAUAUGUUCAAGAGAAUGGCUGAGUUCGGGCCUGACUCCGGGGGCAGGGUGAAGGGCGUUACCAUUGUGAAGCCGAUCGUGUACGGGAACGUGGCGCGGUACUUCGGGAAGAAAAGGGAAGAGGAUGGCCACACGCACCAGUGGACGGUUUAUGUCAAGCCCUACAGGAACGAGGAUAUGUCUGCCUACGUGAAAAAAAUUCAGUUCAAGUUGCAUGAAAGCUAUGGCAAUCCCUUAAGAGUUGUUACCAAGCCACCCUACGAAAUCACCGAGACAGGCUGGGGUGAAUUUGAAAUCAUCAUUAAGAUAUUCUUCAUUGAUCCAAAUGAAAGACCUGUAACCUUGUAUCACUUGUUGAAGCUUUUUCAGUCUGAUACCAAUGCCAUUCUGGGAAAGAAAACUGUAGUUUCUGAAUUCUAUGAUGAAAUGAUAUUUCAAGAUCCAACUGCAAUGAUGCAGCAGCUGUUAACGACGUCUCGGCAGCUAACGCUCGGGGCUUACAAGCACGAAACAGAGUUUGCAGACCUUGAAGUGAAAACCAGGGAAAAGCUGGAAGCUGCCAAAAAGAAAACGAGCUUUGAAAUCGCUGAGCUGAAAGAGAGGCUGAAAGCAAGCCGUGAGACCAUCAACUGCCUGAAGAGUGAGAUCAGGAAGCUUGAAGAGGAUGAUCAGUCCAAAGAUAUGUGA